GGGCUGAAGAGUUGUCCAUGAGGGCGCUAUGCCUCUGUAACUCAAUUACCGCGCAUUGUGUUCGUGCCUGUGAGUACCACGCGACGCACACGAUUUACCGUGUGCACAACAACGAUGACGGCGACGGCGACGACGACGCGAAGGUGCAGCAACUUGCCCACGGUCCGGAUCAAGGCCAUAACUCCUGCGUAUGCGUUACAGGCUUUCAAAGCAAUUUGUCUUCAAUUAUCGAGAGACACGCUCUCGGGAUGGAAACGGACGAAAAAAUGUCGAGAAGUGCUCGGGAUCUCUCAACCCCGUCAAUUCCCAGAGGUUACACACAGACUUCUGAGAUUUCUUCCCUUCCACCCCGCAGUUUUGUCUUCCCUUCAUCACGCCUCGGAAUUCUGCCAUUGCAUUCGCAACCUCAUUGCUUGAAGGACCACCUUUCGCAGUAUCAAAAUGGCGUCGCUACGGACAAGAAUGAACGGAGAAAAAUGUGAUUGAAUAAUUUUUAUCUUUAUACAAGACUAAAAAAUAUUCUGGUUUCUUUGCUGAAUACAUGACAAA